AAAAUAUUAACGAGCAAAGGCAACUUUAGAUUUAUAAAACUUUUUCGCUAUUCGUUUAGUUAUCAAAUAAAGUCUUUAUUGACAUGAUGUUUCGUAUAACCACUCUCGAUGGUCGUUCUUCAUGUUCCAAACCCAUCGGUUUAUUAGCCUCAAUGCUUCGAUUCGAAGGAAGGAAAAGUGAAUUCACUAGUUGGUUUUUCAUUUUUUCACUUAUUUACGUAAUUUUGAACAAUAUAUGGCUGUUACGUACAAAGACUGUAUUGGAAACGUGUUUUCAGUGUUUAUAUUUAAUAAACCUGAACGUGAUUUUAUUUUGGUACCUGAAGCUACGUUCAACAAAGAAGCAAUAUAGCCAAUUGAUAUACAGAUUUGAAAAUCAAACUCAUUGUAAUCUGGACAACUCGGAAUCUACACGUCGUUUCACUUCAAUUCGCAAUAUAUUUUCGUUUUAUUUCGUUUUCGUUAUGCUUUUUGGGGCAUUUUGUGUUGCAUAUGAUCCUAUCAUGACUUUCAAAAAAUCGAACGAUUAUGUUCAACUUGGCCAAAAUUUACUGCUAAGUUUGUUAAAUUUACUUUGCCUAUUGAAUCCACAGUUAUAUAACCAAUUCCUAGUAGAAUCUUGCCUUCACAUCCAUGCAUGUUGGUUUACUGUCAAUGAAUACAUUCGUUUGCUAAACAAUAUUGACAGUCGACUAUUGACCAUCGAUAAAGUCCGUAAAGUUCGUUCAAUGUACAGCAUCGCUGCUGAUGUCACAGAAAAAAUGAAUUCAUUUCUAAGAAUGCCGAUUUUCGUUUUUUUCAACUAUCUUAUCAUCUCAUCUUUUGAAAAUAUUGUCCAAGUUUGGACUGUACCGACGGUAUUUGGAAUCAUUCACAUUUUAUUGGAUCUUUUAAUCUUGACACUCAUCACUUACAACACUAUUUAUAUUCAUUAUCUUUCAAAUGAAUGUUUCCAUGAUGUCUAUUCACUUUCAUAUAAAAUGCGUUCCGUAGCGUUAAAUAAUGAGGUUCAACUGUUUCUUUAUCGUAUUUUACGAUCUGAUGUCGGCUUUUCAUUUCUAAAAAUCUCAUUGAUUACUCCGACUUUUGUCACGUCAUUGACUUCGGCUUUGCUAACUUUUGUGUUGUCCCUGCCAUCACUUGUAUAGAAAAGGCGUUUUUGCACAAAUAUGUAUCCCAUUGGUAUAUAAAACCUGAUUUCGUGUCACCACUGAACAUUUCAAUCGCAACAGCUAUCGUGAUAUCAUUUCUUUCUCUCCCUUUAAAAAUUGCAUUGACAUUUUAAUUCAACCUUUAUUUAGUAUUCAACCUCAAUGUAACUCGACUUACAUGUAAUUUACCCUAUAACUCUUUCGAUAAACUACAUUGAGAUUAACCUACACUCCUGAAGAGCAGAUUUGAACUAACGAUGUACUGGUAAGUGUUUUAGUCAAUCGCUCUUCCUAUCCGUUCUUUCAAAUUAACCCGACUUACAUAUUAUUCACCCUUGUACUCCGUUAAACUAUUAAUAAAUUGAGAUUAAC